UAAUAUCUUUGUUUGAAUGUUAAUAUUGAUUUUCUCUUUUUACUUUCCAUUAAAAUAAAAUAUCUAUCGUUAAUAAACAAUACUACUGAGAUUUUGCUGUAUACAUGCAAGUUUUGAUGGUACUUGAAGAAUUAAUCAGAAUAAAUAUAAGUUAGGAUAAAUGGUUUAGAAAUAAGUAAAGGAUAAGAAACUUCGAAAGAAAAAUAAUUAUGUGUAUAUAAAUAAACCAGAACAAAUAGUAACUGUUAGUGUAAAAUGAAAUGCCGUAUUUUAACCUGAGCCUACCUAAUGUUCAUAUUUAUUACCAUCUAAAUUUAAGUCGGAAGGUACUUAUAUUUGCCGUUAGGGAUCAAAAAUACCUGAUAUCCGUCGAUACCUGGGAAACCGUUUUCUUUGUUUUCUUAAAGCCCCAAAUACUAGCCGGUCAUUUCGUAGCCGUAUAUAGCCGUAUAGAGCCGUAAUAACCGUAUAUUUCAAGAAUUAUAAAUGCAAAGCAUGAAAUUUCACUGAAACGUUUAAAUAACAGUGAAAUUUUAAGAUAUAUUAGAAUUCUAUGUAACAAAGAAAAUUAGCUUUCAUUGAAACUGAAUUUAUUUGAAUAGAUGAAACGGUUUUUGGAACGGUUUGGCAGUAUAAAAAACGCGCGUGAAAUCAAGUAAAUCUGUACACGUGAAAUAUUAGCUCAAUUUAAAUUACAAUAAUGUCUGAUAUAAAGAGUGUUUUGUCUCUAUUAUGUCAACAUUUAAAUUUCUCAAUCAACAUCGUGAUGAAACCUGAAUAUUUUAGGCUGGCAAAGUUUAAUAGCACGGCAGAAAAUGUCACUAGAACGUUUUGGACAGCACUGAAUGUCUUAAGCUAUUAUGCUGUAAAAGAAAAACAAAUUAAAAUUGAUUUUCAAAAAUAUGAUACAAUAUGGGCUACCAAAUUGUGUUUUGCAUAUUUACAAUACCCUGCAAUAGAGUUUUAUGCUUUAAGCGAGAGUAGUAAAAAUAACAGACCAUUAUUAUUAGCAUUUGCAUGGCUUCUUGGAACACAAGAUAUUCUAAGUGUUAUCACUCACAUAAAUCUGUCUAAUAGUGUGCUAGGAAGAGAAUGUUCACGGUUGAAUAGCGUACAACAGAAGAAGGAAACACAGUAUAAUAUACCAGAGACAUUCAGUGCACAGAUAAAUAAUAUAUUGUACUUAAAUGGUAAAGUAAAUUAUAAUAUAAAAGAGAUAUCUGAACUGAUUUCUGAGAAGGCUAAGUUAAUAAGCAAAAUUCAUACUGCAAGUGUUGAAGUUUGUGGUCUUCCACAUCUAAGUGUAUCAGAGACAGCACUGAUAAAACGUAUCUCAACUACCAAUAAAAAUGCACUUUCCAAUGAAGACAAAAAAUAUAUAAAAGAAUUAUCAACUAUUGCUAGUUUAUUAGAUAUACAUAUGAAGUGGUCUAAAAAGAAACAUAUAUUUUUUGAAUGGAUGGUAACAGUAGUUCAAGAACAUAAUAAAUCACUGAACACCAGCUUUGAAGGUGUAGAUUGGAAUGAAGUUUCAAAGUUUAUUUCUUUGUUAUGUUCUGUGAUUGAAGAAAAACUUGAAACUUUAUCAUCUAAAGAAGAAACUAUUAAUUCUCAAGAUUAUGAACCCAAAUGCAUUUCACGUUUAUUAAAGGUCCAAGAUGAGAACAAGCUGAUUCAUGUCCGUUGUUGUGAUGUCAUACGUCGUAUUUCCCUUGGAUUUACCAUUUGUGUUUCAAGGCUACUGUUUACUGAUACCAAUCAUUUAGUUGUACUGUUUCUUUACGCUGGAUCGAUUCACUUUGCUGUGCUAUGUAGAGUCUUCAAACAAUUCUUAGAAGCGAUUAUACACAUAUUAUCAUACUUGUCUACAUCUGAUAGGAUGGCAGCAGGAUUAGUUAAUCGAACAUGGCAUGAAGCAUCUCUUGCUAUGAAGUUUUUAGAUGAAGUAGAAUUGGUACUUGGUCGACCACGUGCAGACAAUUUAAAUGAAGUGAUAGAGCUUUUACAGCAUUCUACGAGACCAUUUUACAACUUUGUUUUUAGAAAAGUAGAAUUAAAGAGGAAUAUGGCAAUUUGGGAUCAAUAUGGACCUCAUAUGAAAAGUCUAGUACUGUUGUGCUGUGAUCUAAGUGAAAAAACAUUGGUAGAAAUUUUUAAAUGCUGCAAGUCUUUGAGAAUAUUGCAUAUUAAUGAUUGCAGGGAGUCUCUAAUGUCUGGUAGACUUUUAGAAGAUGAGAAUGACAUAAAGGAACUCUCAGAAACAUUUAAAAAUGUCUAUGAACUUAGCCUUGGAUAUAACCGUUUCUUAAGUGAUGCACUUUUUAAUAGAUUAGUUGCCAUUUGUCCAAAUUUGGAAUCUUUAAGCCUUAUGGGAUGUCAGAUGACCUUUCAUUAUGGACUGAAUAGAAAAUUUUAUCCUGAUUUUUACGGCUUACCAUAUCCUUCAAAAUCAACGCUGACUUUUAUAAAUGCAUUAGACUAUUUUGGACGACAAGCUUAUAAACUGAAGCAUUUGAAUUUUAGCUAUACUUUGAUUGAUCCAUCUGCUUUAACUAUAUUAUCAGGUCUACAAAAUCUUAGAUUAGAGUCUCUAAUAUUACAAGGAUGUGAUCAUUUAUCUAUUGAAAGCAUUAGAGGAAUGACACAGCAUCAGACUUGUUUAAAAGUCCUCGAUAUUAGCUUUAGCGUGCGUAUUGCAGAUGACAGUUUACUCUGUAUUUGUGAAAAUUUGACGAAGUUAGAAACACUUAGAAUAAGACGAUGCCGUGAAGUAACCGAUAUUGGUAUAAAGUAUAUUCAGUUAUUACAACAUUUAAAAGAACUCAAUAUCUCGGAAGACGAACAACUUACCGAUGAUUCUAUUACUCGUGGACUUUGCUCUGGUUGUAAUAUAAUAGAUGACGAAAAUAUGGAUCAAAAUAUUGAUGGAAAUAUCAAUUUUGCUCCUCCAGAAAAGAAUUGUGUUCAAAGAAGAACAGAAAAAAGGAUGAGAAAAGAGAAUAUGCGAAUACUGUCAGCAAAUGCACUGCGUAUUCAUGAAGAAUCAGUUGAAUGUAUAUCCAAAUUUUUUCCUAAUUUAAGACAACUUGAACUUAGCUAUUGUUUUAGUGGCGUUACCGAUAAAACAAUACAGAUGAUAUUCAAGGAGCUUGUACAUUUGCAAACAUUAAAUAUAAGCCAUUGCGAUGAGGUCAGUGAUGCUGGCUUAACGGGUAUGGGUAUUGGUAACUACAAAUAUGUUGAAAAAAUACAAGUUGCACAUAAUCCAGAAUUUACAGAAUCCAGAUUAAGAAUCAGUUUACGGUCAAAGGCCGAAGAAGAGAUAGUACGCGAUGCAGAUCGAAAACGAGAAAUCAUGAAGCUUUGCGAAAACGUAUCUAAACCUUUAAAUUCGUUUUCCGGAUACUCUUUGAUCAGGCUUAAAUGCCUUCAAGAACUCGAUCUUUCUGGGUGCAACAGAAUUACUGAUGUCAGUUUAAAACAUGCAUUCGCUUUUCCAGAAUUAAAGAUCUUAAAUUUAAGCCAGUGUCAACAAAUUACAGACAUUGGAUUGGAUUAUUUAUCAAAAAAUAAUCCGGCAAUUGAAUACUUAAAUCUAAACCGCUGUUACAAUAUAUCAGAUAUUGGUAUAUCAUAUCUUGUUCAGAGAUUGCACAGAUUAAAACGACUUCUCAUACAGAGAUGUUCACAACUCACGGAUCGCACUCUCGACUCUAUUAAAUUGUAUUGCAAAAGUCUACAUUACCUAGAUACACGUUAUUGCCGGGGGAUGUCAGUGGCAGGUCUUGAAAGCUUGACACAUUUAUAUGUCGAUUGCCAUGAGCAUGCAGAUGUUGCUUCAGGAGAAAAUGAAAUAUUACCACCACCCCCUCUGCCUUUACCAUCAUUAUCGUCUUUGCCAUAGAGACGGUAUCAAUACCUUCUUUCGCAUUUUAAGGACAGGGUAAGGGAAAACUGAAGUAUUAUUUUAAAAACUGACUAUAAAUAUAUUAUGUGAUAGAAAGAAAAAUUAAUAGAUUAUAUUUUUUAUUUGAACAUUUGCAUAAAGAUUAUGCUUAUGUUUGACAUUAUACGUAUGCAAAUUUUUUAAUAUUUUCAAGUAUUUGCGUAGAAAUUUUUAAUUCUGUACAUAUAAUAAUAUGAAGGAAUUUUAGUAUAUAUUAUGUCAAAUAUCUGAUAACGAUUUUAAAGCUUUUUUAGGGGGAUGUAUACAGUCUAAAAAUCGAAUAAUUUGGAUAUAUUCGGCAUAUUCAUCAUUUAAUAUAAAAUCUAAUUUAAGCAAAUAUGCAUAUUUAUGAAAUAAAUCGGCUAAAAUAUAACUUAAAGAACAUAAUUUUUCAUUAAUUCUUAAAUAAAUGAUGUUAUUAUUUGAAGUAUCACAGGUUAAUUUACGAUUUUAUAACGAAUUUUAUUCUGCUUUAUGGUACAAUUUAAUUGGUAUUACAGCAAGUAUUACAGAAAUGAUAAAAAUAAUAAUUAUGUAUAACAUUUUAUACGCGUUUUAAGGAUUCAUCACUUUUUCCGAUAUUCAUAGCUCAGCUAUCCGAAAUUAAAAUAACUUCAAAAUUUAGGAAUUUUUAUAUAUUAAAUCGAGAAAUUUAAUACAGAUUCUUUUUUUAGACAAUAACUAAUAAGUAGAUAAUAGCUGCAAUUGAAAUGGUCAAAGUAUUUUUAAACAAAUCUUUGUACAUAAAAUAACUUCAUACAUAUAGUAUAAAAACAAUGUUAAUAAUUUCUAUACUGAAAUUUAAAUUGAAAUAUUUUUGUGAAAAU